AGCGAACACUGAAAGCCCAUCUGAGCUCUCUCUCUCUCUCUCGCGCUUUUGAGUCGAAUCAAGUGGUACAGAUAGUCAGAGAGUUCCUGCCAAUCUAUUUCACGUCAGCGAUAAUUUCAAGAACUCACUGAGUCAUGGGCGGCGAGGUGCGGUACGAGAUCGCGCAGAACGCGUACGCAAAGCUCGUACUCCACGCCCUGAAGCACAAGUCCUCGGCCGUCAACGCCGUCCUCAUCGGCCGGCCUUCCUCCGCCCACAACGACGUCGUCGAGAUCACCGACUCCGUCCCUCUCUUCCACUCCCACGUCGGCCUUCUCCCCCAGCUCGAGAUCUCCCUCAUCCUCAUAGAGGAGCAUUAUGCUGCUACAGGUGUGAACAUCGUGGGCUAUUUUCAUUCCAACGAGAGGUUUGAUGAUUAUGAGCUCAGUGGCGUGGCCAAGAAUAUCGGUGAUCACAUCUACCGGUACUUUCCACAAGCUGCUAUUCUGUUGUUGGACAACAAAAAGCUUGAAGCCUUACCUAAGGGUAAGGACCGGAGCCCUGUAAUGCAGCUCUACACAAGGGAUGCAUCAAAGAAUUGGAAGCUGGCUGGAUCUGAUGGAGGCAGCCAGCUGACCAUUAGGGAGCCAUCAGCAAAUGUAGUCCUACUGGAUUAUAUUUCAACAGAAAAGUGGAAGGAUAUUGUAGAUUUUGAUGACCACCUUGAUGACAUCAGCAAGGACUGGCUGAAUCCUGAACUCUUCAAGUAAUCUUUUGCUUAGGUUCCAGCUUUUCCGCCAAACAUUUUGUACUGCAGCAGAAUGAUGUUAGUUUCUUAUGUUGGGAUGACAAGGCUAAAUCGAUCAGCUGGUGUUGGUGACAUGGCUAAGUUGAUCUGAGAAUUAGGUUGACCAUGUACCCACGCUUGUUUUACUUUUGAGAAAGUUUCUUGGUUUAUGUAUCAAUUGAAAAUGUAUUAUCUACUGUUAAAUUUUGAGGGGUUUCUUAAUUAAAGCACUUCAGCUGAAAUUUAUGAUUACA